UUCAGCAUUCAAACAAUUCGUUAACUGCGCACUGACAAGGAUUUUAAUCGAAAAUAAGCUUACUCUUACUAAGACAUUAUUAAUUCAACAAACAUUGUGCGAGAAAACGUUGAUAGAUAAAACAGAAGUUAUUUUUUUCAUUUUCUUACAUACAGGACUUCCAACAAUAAUACGCAAACUUUAUAGCGAAACAAUGAUUGGAUACAUCACAGCGUUGUAUGCUUUGGCCGCCGCAACUUUGGUCAUUGCUGGCCACGACGAACUCGUGCAAUGCACACCGGGUAUAUAUCAGAUCAUCGGAAAGGCCGACUGUACGGGAUUCUUCAUGUGCGUGUUUGGAAAACAAAUCGAGAUGCCGCCUUGUCCUCCUAGCUCGGUGUUUAGCUCCAGCGCUAACGUUUGUGUUCCCAAAGGUUCAAUGUAUGAUGACUGCAAGAAAACAACAGAAGGAAGCGGAGGUCACAUGCCAGUGCUGCCAGACUUAGGGCCUCUUAGCCCAGAGGAACGAUGUAACAUGUUCGGAGGCGUGUUCCCCCACCCCACGGAAUGUCAAGCCUUCUACAAUUGCAGUGUCCGUUACACACAUGGGAUUCCCAGGUUCUUCGAGCAACACCUUGUUGAAUGUCCCUACCCCAAGCUGUUCAACACUGAGACCAAACAGUGUGACUAUUUUGAGAAUGUCAAAUGUGGAAGCAGGAUGGAGAUUAAGGAUGGAUGCCAAUACAGAUCCAACCAGUGUCCCGUUGCCCACUGUAGACCCUGCAGUGUCGACCUUCCAAGUUGUAUAGGCAAACGUGACGGAAUUAACGUUCAUCCAGUGAAACUUUGGAGUCCAUUCUACGCCGUAUGCUACAAAGAACGCACGAUCAAAGAGGAGCGAUGCCAAGCUGACGAAAAUGGCCGAACACAGUUGUUCCAUCCGGAAAGGAACGAAUGCGUUUCAUUGGAAAUGAUUCCUCGAGAACACGGUGGAAUGAUGCCCGAGUGCGGUACAAAAGUUGACGGUUUAUAUCAGGAUGACUUUGGGCGAUGUGACCGAUACUUUAGUUGCCAGGGAGGAAAAUAUAUUGAGAUGGUGAAAUGUGCGGCUGGAGAGGUGUUCGAUAGCACAAAAGGCGGCUGCAUUCCGCAAGAGAAAGCAUGCGGAACCUGCGGAAGACUUGACCAUUGCUGAGAAAACUUCUUACACACUUUUAAACGAAAUGCUGAUGAAAAUGGACAAGGAGACGAAUCGCCAACAUUGAUAAGACAUGUUAAAGACAUCAAAGUGUUGCUCUGAGUUGAUCUCGCUUUGUUUGCCCUACGACCAUACCAUUUCAAAACCAAAUGACUACAUAUUUGUAAAUUUUGCAAUGGUUUUGUAUGUUUUUAAUGUUAUCAAACUCAUUUUGUCUACUGAUGAAAAUUUAAUACUUUAUUGAAUAUUCCAUUUAUACAUGUGUGCACCUAGGCAGUUCAUUGAAUUUGCUUGUUUGCCGUUAGUUCUGUGAUAAGUAUAACGCAAAUUAGCUUAAACUUUUCUUUAAAUAUCAAUGUUCAUGCAGCCAUGUCAGUGUUGCAAACUCUUAGUAAUAUAUAUAUAUUUAUCUUAUUUAUUUACCAAAUUGUUUUUAAACUAAUAUCAUAAGUUAUCCAAUUUGCAUUACAAAGCUUAUUGAUGUUUUAUCAUUUAAAUAGAAGAAAACACGCAUCUGACGAAGUUGUUGAUCAUUGAUGUGAUGCAUAAUGUUACUCUCGUGUAUAAAUCAUGAAUUAUGUUCAUUUAUAUGUAAAUAGAAUUUCAUUAUUAUAUUUAUGGAUUUUGCCAAUUGCAGUGCCUUUGAAAUCCACACAUUUUGUUCAAUAAAAUGAGAAAAAAUA